GGUCAAAGGUCAAUCCACACGCCGGUGUUUGGCCGGUCUCUGGCGCCCCUCACGAGCCUCGAAGAUCGUAUACCACUGGGAACGAGGUUGAUGGGAAACCCAACAAUUUUGGGCAUGCGCAGUUUGUCGUUGGUUACCAUGACUACACAGUGAGCUUGAGCCCCGUUUCGCUGCCCGAAGUUAAGUGCAAAUAUAAUUUAUAAUAGGAGGAGCGAGGUCUUUUCUCUGCAUGUCAUCAUCCUUACUACAACCACCGGCUUUCAGCCUACACUAGAGCUAGAGCAGACGAACGUUCUACUUGUAUUAUCCGCAUGACUACAUGACUACAUAUAACAUAGGCCUGCCUACCGUGCAUGUAGGCCUAAGCAAAGUAGUAGUAAGUAGGUGGUAGUUAAUAAAAGUUUACUCGUGAAGUUGUGACGACGUUGUCAUGUAGGUGACAAUAAUCACAAUAUUACAGUAUAAAUAAGUCAAGAAGAACACAAGGCUCAACAAGCGAAGUGUAUUGGCUGCCCUUCCCCUGGUUGAUUCCUUUAAAAAAGAGCAGUCAACAUGAGCAGCAGAUUAAGCACAAAACCAUCAAGAAAGGACAGACCAAGAUCAAGUGACAAACUAAAAGCUGGAAGAAAGCGAGAUGGUACUCCUGAGAAACCUGUCAGCCCAAAUCAGUCACAGUCACAAACUGAAGAGGAGACAGUGGCAGCCAGCAAACAGGUGCUAGAUGGUGAAGACAUCAGGGCACUAGCAAUUGAUCAUAAUGAGCUUGCCAAGAUACGAGCUCCGAAACCACCUUCAGCCUGUAGGGCCAAUCAGGCUGUCUCCAGCAAAGUAACUGUAAGGAAACUUAAGCCACAGGCCCAACUAGUGGCACCUACAUUGAAGCAAAUGUUGAUUGCAAAGCCAGCUCCACCAGAUGCCUGUCUAAAGGGACAGGAUUUUGAAGUUUGUGCUCAACCUAGCAUUGAUGCUAGUGGUAACAUUAUUCCACAUAGUAUUUUGGGAACUGUGGAGGACUUCAAGUUUGAAGCCAGAAAACAUGACAAUUGUGAGAUCGAGAUGGAUUCUGUCCCAAUGAGGUCAAAGACUCCAAGUGUUAAGUACACAAGCAAACAUGUCAGUAUUGAUCCAAAGCCAAGAGACUCAUUUCUUGAUGAAAAUAAUGCCCUCCUCAACUGGCAACUUAAGAUGAUGGAAAGGAAGAAGCAACAAGGCUAUAUCUCAAAGUUGCUUGAGAUGCCAAAGUCUUCAUUAGUGAUGAAUAAAGCUGAUGACUAUCGCCAAACACAAGAGCAACGGUACCUUAUUGAAAGAUCAAUACCAGCAUUGGACUAUGGGAAAGGAUAUCGCAUUGGUAGUGAGUUUUGGAGUCAACAGGAGAGAAUAGGAGAUGAUCUAUCUGGAAUUCACAUGACAUUCAAUGAGACGGAAAGGGGAUAUCCUCCUCCCAUUGAACACAUUGGUCACCCAAUCGCAGUCCAAGAGGAAAUGGGUGUCCAGUUUAAUGUUUCAAGUCCAAGCACUUUUGUUAACUACCCGUGGCACCAGUCUCAAUAUCUGAAGGAACGAAGACAGCAACUGAAUGCAGUCACACAACAUUUGGAUCCUUACAGCCCGGAUCUCAACAAUUUAAUGGUAACUGGAAGUAAGAUUCAAACGCCAUUUACAGCAGAAGAACCAUCAGUAAAAGACUUAGAUGUAGCUCUUCCACAAACAGCCAAACCAAAGGAAGAUAUGUUAUUUGGUUUGUCUGUAACUGAUGGGAGAAAAACAUCGGUAGUUGGACCCUCCUUGCAGUUCAGUAACUGCCUAGCCAAUUGGACUGGUGACAGCCACAGUAGAAAGGGUCUGGUUGCGCAUGGGGCUAGAGUAACCUUUGAAGUUAAUGCUGGUGAAAGAAUCUCUUCUUGUUUGGAUCUUGUAAACAAGGGUUCCACAACAGUCUACUAUGAUUGGAAGAAAAUUCCUAAAGUGAACCCUUUUGAUGGAUGUGCCACCCCAAAUGUGCAACGAUUUUACUUCAAUACAAGCAGUGGUGUUCUCCUUCCAGGAGAGAGUCUGAAAUUUCCAUUUGUCUUCAAAUCUCCAAAUGCUGGUAUUUUUUCUGAAAUGUGGCAGCUUGAUACUAGGCCAGUGCUGUGUGGUGGUGCUGCCUUACAGGUCACCCUGCGAGGAGUAGCUUUGCAGGAAGACAAAAAUAAGACACAGCGUCAUCAUUUGGAGCAAGAUCUGUUUCACAAGCAGGCAACAAUGAGCAUAAAGCAUAUUUUAGAUGAGCUUGUUGAUGGAAUUACUACACCACAAAGGCCGAGUUCUCCUAUUGAUGCUUACAUCACCCAAGAGGAGAUUUUUCAUCAAAAUAACCCAGGGAUGCACUAUUCCAAUGAAGUAGUUAUUCAGUUAAACCAGCUCUAUUUAGAGAAGUAUGAUAGUGCUGAGGACUCAAUGGGAAUUUGGAAUCUGUCAGUUGAGUGCAUGAAAAAGGAGUUGUUGACCAUUGAGGAUGAGACCAAAAGGGAAGCUCUUUUAAAGAAAAUGAAUGAUGCUGUAACUUGUCUCUAUUUCCCCCCACUUAGUCCAAUUCAGCAGGAAAUGUACAGAGUUGGGUACCAACUGCUUGUUGAUACAGUUGACAACAUUGUCACCCAGUCAACUAUUAUACGAGAGAAUCUUGGAAUGCAACCAAAAGAAGUAGAAACACCUGAUACAGACCAAAUUCUUGCUGCUAAUGAGAAACUGAGGGGAGGGGAGAUUAAGAAGAAAAAGAAGGAGCACAAGGAAGAAGACACUAAAAAGGAAGCUAAAAAGGAAAACAAAAAAGGCAAAAAAGAGGAAAAAGAGAAGGAUAGACCAAAAAGCAAAGGUGGGAAAACAAAGAGUCGUACUGCAACAAGUCCUCCACCCUUACGUGAGCCCAAGAAAGGGACAGAGAAGAAGAUACAGCCUUUACCUUUUCGAAGUCUCACACCACCAUCAGAAACUGGCAGUCCCACUCUGGAUGCUAAAUACAGGAACAAAAUGUAUAUUCAGGUUUAUGGUUUACUGUCUGAAGCAAUAGAGAAGAUGACAACACUCUUUGAAGAAUUUCACAUUUUGAAGACUGCUUCAGACAAAAGUUCCAUGAUUUAGGAAAAGGACAAAAUAUGGAAAUAUUUGUAAUGAAUAUAAAAAUGUAAUACAAAAUUAUUCUCAAUUUGAGUGUGAAAACAUGCACAGUUCAUUUUUAUUUUUCACAAAGCAUUUGUUGGUGUAUAACUCUAUUAUACAGCAGUAACUGUAAAUCGCUGUUGAGAACACUUGCAUGUAAUAGUGAUCUUUAUAAUGAUGGCGGCUGCUAGUAGACCCUUUCCUUGAAAUAUGUUAAUUUAUGCAGAUAGCGCAUGCGCAUUAACAUUUUGGUUGGCAAAAUGAGGGAACAUCGCGCUGUUUUGUACACAGCUAAUGGGUGCGUGAUGUAGACGCGAUUGUGAGUCUGCUUAAUGCACAUCUCUAUGGCGUUUACGCAUGCAUGAAUGUAAUUAGCAUAUUUCAUGGGAAGGGUCCAUUUAGGCCUUUAGUAAAAAAUAUGAUACUGAUACUAUACCUUUAAUGUUUAAUGUCAGAAUAUGUUUGUUCUAAUUGUAAAAAUCUGUCAGAUCAAUUCGCCAGGAUUAUAUUAUGAAAACAUAGUAAGAGCUUGAUGAGGAUUUCUAACCAUGAGGAUUUGUUGGUAAUCUACUGAUCCACUUCACAGUAAUAUUUUAUAACAGAAACAAAACUUGCAUUGACUUGUUUUGACUCGCAUUGAACCACGAAUAUUGAACAACCUCCCAGUGCGCAUCAGAAAUUGUAACUUUUUGCCUUUGUUCAAAAAAUCUCUUAAAACCCACUUGUAUCAGAUGUAAUUUGUUGUAUUUACAGUUCCAUUGGUUUUGCUCUUUUCAGCCCUUUGAUCUUGAUGUAAAGGCGCUUUAUAAAUAUUUAGUUGUAUGUAUGUAGUGUAUAGACUGGUGGAGAAAUGUACACAUCUAUUUGUUUGCAUGUUGUGGGUAUUUCCCAAUGGAGUGUUUUUAUGUUUGUGACCAGUAACAAGUUUUUGACAUGGGAAAAACAAAAAACAGGGGCCGGUUUCACUAACGUCCCUGUAGCGAUCAUUGCCGUCACACUUGCGAUGAGAUCGCAAACCGCUAAUCCAUCGCGCUCCUGAUUUCACAUUUUUUUAUUUUUUUAUUUAUUUAUUUAUUUAUUUAUUUAUUUCCAGGCAAACAGUACAUACAAAGA